AUGAAAAAAGAAAAUGACGGUGAGGACUCCUUCUCCUUUCCCCCUGAAAGGGAUAUUUCGAAUUUGUAUCGAAAGGACCAUUAUAUGAAGCACUGUCAUGUUAAGAACCACAUCGAGCCAAUAGCAUUGGAAGAUGAAGUUCACAUUUUAAAAAGAGAGGAACACCAAUCGUUUAAAUUAAGCGACAUUUUAAAAACAUUGGAAAGAAUAAAAGAAGAAAAAAAUGAACCACCAAGUGAAGAUAUCAUUUUACCAGAAUACGUAGAGCAUGAAAAAGUUGAACAAGAAGAAGAGAGCCAAGAAAGGAUACAUUGUGGGGUGUAUCUACACGAAAUAAACAUAACAGACAAUUCAUAUUUCCAUUCACGCUAUGACGAUAUAAUAGACGACUACUCCAAUCCUAUACGCAUAAAGGGUGACAUGUACGUAAGCAACAUUGUCCACUUCGAAGACUCUUCCACUUAUCGUUCCGUCUUUGAGGUGCAUAGAGUAGAGUGGUUCUUAGGGUUAGAAAUCAACGAAAAAAGAAUACACGAAAUUGUCCCCUACACCCAGGGGAUGUCUUUUCGAAUCCCAUUUGAAGCGUUAGGGAAAUAUAUAUUUUGUAAAGCCUACAGAAAUGUGCACUUAAAUUCGGAGUAUCAAAAAGGGGCAAGGAACACCGUCUUCGAUCCACAUACUCUAGAUAAGAAGCCUGUCAAAUUUAAAGUAGAACCCAAAUGUGUUGAAAAAUGUUCUAUUACGUCUAAAGGACCAGUCCUAAUAUCCAUAGAUAGCGCCUUCCAAAUAUUGACAUUUUUGUGCAACAAUAAUUAUUCCAUCCAGGUGGUUGUUGAAGACCCGCUGGAUAAUUUCUGCAACUUGUCCAACUCAUCUCUAUCCGAUGACGAGACAGUUACGACUACAUCCAACGGGACGAACCUAACGGAUGUGAAACACCGCUUCCUUGCUACCCUGUCCAUCAACUUUGAUGAGAUUAAAUUUGGCGUAACAAAUUGGGAAACCGGCGAGGAGGGCCAACCCCCCAUUGGUGCAACGUGCCAUACGCAGGGUGUCAGACCAAACAAUGAUAACCGAAGAAACGCUGCUUUUGAUUUCUUUCGCCUGUUCGAUUUCCAAAAUGAUGGUGCGAACAGCUCAUCCGAUUCGAGAGCAGAAAAAAAAAAUAACAUUAGUGCGGAUGAAGAUGGUCAAAAAAGCGCAGAAGGCGUAGAACCGCUCCAAAGCGCUGGGCGAAAUGCACACAAAAAUGGGAGUCUUAAAAUAGAAGGCAACAAAACCGAAUUGACGCUUAACUUGUACGAAGUAGAAUUCAGACUAUCCAGUAAAGAUGACUGCGUUGUCGUCAGCAUUGGAAUAAAUCUACAGAGAUCAUUUAAAUUUGUCAAAUACAAAAUGGUUACUAUCAAGCCGCUUGGGAGGAACACCUCCGCGAAUGACCUGUGGCUAAUACUGGUGGCUUUCAAAUCUGCGCACUCAUAUAAAGAAGUUUUUAAAAAAAAUGCAAAAGUAAUUUACACGAAUACGAAUAUUUCGUUCGUUCAAAAUAUAAUAAACAAUUAUUUGACAAAAUCGAUGGAAAGAAAUGCCGACGGAGCUAUGCCUCUCCAGAAGAUAAACACAAUUUUUAACGAAACGGGGUGA